AUGUCUUCUUUUGGUAAAAAGACAGUAUAAAGUUUAAACGCAAACAAAAGUUCUAACCAAAACGUAAAGGCAAUAACAAAGUUAACCCCAACCCAAUUAGCGUAGAAAUAAUUUAGCGGAAAUUUAUUAGAUGAUUACAACUAAAAGCCCAAAAUAAUGAAAUUUUUAAAUUUGGCUGAUUAUUCCAUAUAUACAGAAACUACAAUUCCAAUAGACGAACCUUUGUUUGAUCCUAUGCCAACUUUAAUAUAAUUUACAGAUUAUGAGCCUCUAUAAUUAAAAGAAAAGAUUUUUAAAUUAAGAAAUAAAGACAAAGUGGCAAGAAGAGUAAAAAUUCUUCAACCAGAUACUCGUUUAUUUUAGGUAAUUCCAGCUCUAUCUUAAAAUUUUUAAAAGCAAUAAAAAGCUUCUAAUUCUAAUGAUCCUUUAGAUAAAUAUUAUAUAGGAAAUAAAAUUGCUCCAGGUAUGGAAGCUUGUUUUAUAAUAAAAUUUUCUCCAGAAGCUAAGAAUGAUUAUUAUUAUGAAUUAACAAUAGUAACUGAAAGAGAAUAAUUUUUAGUUCCUAUAUAUGCGAUUGGAAAAAGAGCAGUUUUAGAUUUUCCUGAUUUAUUGGAUUUCGGAUAAUGUCCAGUUAAAUAUGUUACUGAAAAGCCUGUAAUAGUUAGAAAUUUAGGAGAAAAAACUGCAAAAUGGUUCCUUUAAUUGCCUUAAGAUUUUGAAUCUAAUAGAACAGAAGGAGUUUUAGAAUAAGGAUAAAAUGAAUAAAUUGUUAUAAAAUUUUAUCCGAAAGAAGCCAAACCUUAUAAAAAUGAGGCAAUUUUAAAAUAUGAUAAUUUAUAAGCAUAUGUUUCUAUCAUCGGUUAAGCAUAAAAUCAUGUGGUUUAUUUAUCUAAAAGUUUUGUUUAAAUGGAAGAAGCUUAUAUAGGCUUGUAGACAUAAUAAACCUUACAAAUUAUCAAUAAAUCUGUAGUUAGAGUAGAUUUCGAAUGGAGAGCAUUUGCAACUGAAAAAGAAGAAUAGGAAAAAAAGUAAAGACUUAAACUAUAAUUAGAAGAAGAAGAAAAUGAAGAAAUAAUGCUUCUUAAAGAAAUCAUUAAUAAUGAAGGAAUUAAUGAAGAUUUCGAUUUCGGAAACGGAGAAGAUGAUUCUGAUAAUGAAGAAAAUGAUGAAAAAGACAUAGUUUAAAAGCGUUUAAAAAAAGCUGAAUUAAUGCUUGCUAGAAAAUAUAAAGAUAUCCGAAAAGCAAUUGAUGAUGAUUUAUUGCUUUUUUAAGAUGAUAUUUUUACUAUUGAACCUAUAAAAGGUUAAAUUUGGCCUAAUUCUGAAAUAACAAUAACAUUAUCAUUUAAGCCAAAAGGUGCCCAUUCAUAUACUUGUCCAGCUUUUUGUAAUAUAUCGUGUAAUUAAGAUCGACUUUCAUUAACUUAGUAAGGAGAAGGGAUAGGUCCUAAAGCUUUUUUGAAUUAAAAUGAGAUUAAUUUAGGGGACCCAUUUGUAAACGAAGAAGUUCGACCAACAAUAAUAAUCGAAAAUUAAGGCGAAAUUGAAUGCAAAUUUGAACUUUUGCCAAACGACAGAUAUUUUGGGAAAAUGUUUAAAUUUGAACCUGAAAACGGUGUAUUAAAAGUUGGAGAAAGAAAAGAAAUUCGAGUCUAAUUCUCUAGUUCAAAACCUGGAGAAUUUAAAGAGAAUUUCAGAUGGAGACUCGAAGGUUCAACAGAAUUUUUAUCAAUUCUUUUCAUAGGACAUAUCCGUGCACCAUAAUUUGAAUUUGAUAAGGAAAUUGUUGAUUUUGGAAAAGUUUCUUAUAAUUUUCCUUAAGAAGAAAAACUUAAACUAAUAAACAAAUCGACUGUCCCUUUUGAUUAUAUUUUGAGAAUUCCAGGCGAUGGUAAAAUGCGUGACAAAGAAUUUAUAAUAGAUAGAGCUACAGGUUCUAUUUAGGCAGGUGAAACAAUUGAAAUUUCAAUAGAAUUUACCCCCCGAUAUAUAAAGAAAUAUGAAAUGGUAUUAACAAUAGAUAUUGAAGGAGUAGCCCAAGAUAUGAAAUGCCUUCCUAUUAGGGCUGAAUCAGAGGUGCCUUAAGUGGAAAUCAAACCUCAAGAUAGGCUUGAUUUUGGCGAAAUAUUUCUUAAACAUAGGGAUAUUAUGGGAUUAUAAUUAAUUAAUCAUUCCAAAUAAUUAAGAGCAAAGUUCGAAAUUUAAGAAUAAAAAAAAGAAAGCAUGAUCCUUGCUUAAUAUGAGGUUGAGCCUUAAACUGGAAUUAUAGAACCUUAAUCAACUGCUACUAUUUAAGUUAAGUUAGUUACUAAUAGACUUAAUGAUAUUACUUUGCCUUUAGGGAUUGUUAUUGUUGGAUGUAAUAAUAAUCUACCUUACAUUGUUAAUAUUGUAGCUAUGUCUAUAGGCCCUAUAGUUGAAAUCGGAGGAAAUCUAAAAGAACUAGAUUUUGGAUAAGUAGAAGUUUUAAAUGAUUACUCAAAGAAAUUAACAUUAACAAACUAAUCAAAGAUAGAAGCUGAUUAUAGAGUUUUUACUAAAAAUAAAAUAUCAAUAUUUAAACCUAUAUAGAAAUAUGGAAUAUUAAAACCUUAGGAAUCCACUGAAGUUGAAGUAGUCUGCUCUGCAGAUGAAGUUUCUAAAUUUUAAGAUGUUUUACAUUUUGUAAUUAAAGAUGGAUUAGAUAUUGAUAUUUAAUUAAAGGCUAAAGGCGUUGGUUCGACUAUUUAUUGCAAAGACAAUCUUAAUAAUAUUGAUUUCGAAACUAUGUAUACUCAUAAGAAUUAUCCAAAAGAGUUUUUUGUAGAAAAUAAAGGGAGAAGACCUCAAAAAUUAACUUGGGUAAGAAAACAAGAAAAGAAAAAAAACGAAGAUAAAAAUACUUAAUAGUAAAAUAGCAAUGUAAAUAAACUAAAAACAAAUAUUACUGUAACAGAUAUAACUAAUAAAUAAUAACAAUAACCAUAAUAAGAACCUGAUAUAUACACAAUAGUUCCCGAAACAGUUGUUUUACCACCUAAACAUGGUAUAAUGUUCUAAUUCAAAGCUUAUUCUACUAAAACAGGUAGAUUCCCAGAAUAAUUUAUGUUAAAUAGUUAAGUAGGAAACGAAAGAAAGACCCUAACAUUAUACAAUACAACAUUAGAUGGUGAAUUCAUAAAACCAACCUUAAAGUUUUCAGAAAAACGUUUGUAUUUUAAAUAUGCAUGGUAAAAAAAUGUACCUUUUAUGACCAUAUCAAAAAAUUUGGAAAUUACAUGUGCAUCUAUCCUUUCUACGAAUUUCACACUGAAAGUGUCCCCUCCAUUUUCAAUUAAUAAAGAAAAUUUAAUUCUUUCAUUUGGAGAAAGCACCUUUGUGAAAGUAGAUUUUGAUCCUGGAUAAAAAACAGACCGUAUAUCAGGACAAUAAUUGGGAAAAUUAUAAAUAAUACAUGUAGAUCAUCCCCAUAGAGAAUUUAUAGAUCUUGUAGGCGAAGUUUGCUUCCCAAAUGUAAAAUUUGAAUAAAAUACAGUGAAUUUCGGAGCUAUUUUAAAUGAAACUUCUAAAAAAAUUAGCGUAAAUAUCUAAAAUGUUUCAGAAAUGCCUAUUAAUUAUGAAUGGACUUUCCUCGAAGAAGAGUAUAUAAAUGCUAAUAAUACAGGCUAGAAUAAUUAAAAUAAUAACAAAAAACUCUAAGUAAAUGAAGUCUUUGAUAUUCUUCCUUUGUCAGGAAGCUUAAAUCCUGGAGAAAUAGAUGAUGUUGAGUUCGUCUAUAAUGCUUUUGGAGGCCAAAAAAUGAAAACUACAGCUGUUUGUCAUGUAGAUGGAGGACCAAAUUAUGAAGUGAUUUUAAUUGGGGAUUCAUCUUUAAUUUCUUAUAAAAUUUCCGCUAAAAAUAUUGAUUUUGGAGAAGUGAAAUUCUGUGAAUGGGCUAUAAGAGAGUUUUAUAUAGAAAACAAUAGUAAAGUGUCCUUUGAUUUUAAGAUUUUAUAUGAUAAAGUAAAAAGAAAAGAUUAUAUAGAAUGUAAUCCAUAAUUUGGCAGAAUAUAAGGAGGAGAAAAACAGAAAAUACUAAUUAAAAUAUGUCCUAUAAUGCCUUCUGAAUUCCGAGAAAUUAUGCAAGUACAAGUAAGUUAUUUCGAAGCUGAAAAUAUAUUAGUUUUUGGAAAAGGAAUUUAUCCAGCCAUUUUCGUUGAUUUAGAAAGAACCGAUAACGAAGAGUUUAUAUAAAGAUUUAAUUCAUAAUAUGAAAAAAAAAAACCGAAAGAGAAAAUAUGUUAAAAUAAGCCGCCUUAUUAGAAAAAGUGGCCAACGAAUCUAUUGGAGAAGAGUAUAUUCCUAAUAUAAACAUUAAGAGUUUAGAAUAAAUAUAAAAAGAAAUAAUGAAAGAACUAGAUAAAGAGUUUUUUUGUAGAUUGAUAGAAGAAAAGCUAGCCUAGUAA